CAGCUUUCUCCGAUGGAGCUCAAGACUCUGUGUCCAUCAGCUCGAUGAUCAACGCUGAGAACAAGCUGGAGUGUGAAAGCAGUUCAGAGUCUGGAAGCUUCUCAGUCGACUCCAUCAUAGAGGGGGCCACCAAAUGAAAGACCAUCUCCAGCUGCCAGUUACAACAACUUGAAUUUUUUGUUAAAUGAGAAGUUACUGUUAUUUUCAGCCAAAUGUGUAAUGAUUCUGUAACCAACAUGUUUCCAAUAAUACUGAUCAGGUUGAUCACAGUGCUGUUUUUUUUCUCUUUUUAGGGGUCGUUCUAUAAGGUUUUGACUUUUAUUGUUAACUCGAUUGUUGUCAUCGAUGACAAGAAAUGCUGUUUACAUAGUUUACUAAUAUGUUUCACACAGUUUGAUAGCUUAGCUUUGUUCACUUUACUGCUGCAGAUUUUAAAGGUUAAAAUGAUUUACUUCCACUAUCUAGAAGAACACUAUUGAAAGAAAUGGCAGAGCAGAACGAUUUACUGUCGCACAUCAGUUGAAGCUCAAUAUUGCUGUCAUUGGCCUAAUGGAUAAUCUAACUUCCUUCCCGCGACCUUCAUGAUGCAAUCUAUAUGAGGGCUUUUCCAGCAUCUCCAUGCUGUUGUGGGACUAGUUGGGUUAGAAGAGAUACUAUUAAAUUAUGCUUCAAUCUCGCAGCGGAUGGCUUGUUUAUUUAUGGCCAUCACUAAAGGACAUCAUUUAACUUUUGAUGAUUUGCAUCUAGCCCGAUCCUAUACCCGAUCCAGCUAAUGUGCUCGACUCUUCCGAGCUUUCUUUGUAUAAUAUGGAGCUGUGCCCUUGAUUUUAAUGCUGUUGGCAGAGAUAGUGUCCUUAGUCGAGUCAUGAAUGAAUGGCAAAGGAGAAGAGGGACAAAAACUUUGUUUUCUUUCAGACUCUGUUUGUUGCAGGGGUUUGUAAUGACAGUGCAUUUAACUACAAAUGUGGCCAUGUUCAGUAUUUUGAAUGAAACAAAGUGUUAAAUGUUUUGGGAAGGCAUUCAAAGUGCAAUCUGUUUUUAAGUUUUGCAUUUGUUUUUAUAAUAGAGAGCUUUGUUUUUAAGAUUUGACAGUAAGUACUACUUUUGCACUUCUUUCUGUACUGGAACUCAGUAUUAUGUAGAUGGUUCACCAAAAAAAGAAAUGUGCUGUCAAUUUUCUCACUCUAAGGCCAAGAUGUAGGUUAAUCUUUCUUUGGCAUGAUUAAUUAGAUGCAAGUAAGUAGCUGUUGAUACUUUAAAAGUAAAAAAAAAAGACAAUUGGCUACUGACAAUACAUAGUUCUGUGGAAGAAAAAUACAUACAUUUACAUUGAUGGAACAUUAAGAACCACAGGUAAAAAUAUUUAGUCUUUCUAUGUAUUUGUCAAACUCUCCAAGUGCCAGUAGGCAUUGACUUGUAUUUAUGAUUCACUAAGUACCUGAGUCAUCUCGAAUAGCCUGAGUGUGAGCAAUUUAACAGUCAAUUUCUUUUUGGGGUGAAUUAUCACUUUAUUGUGUAGCAAGCCAAGACAAAAAUUAAUUCAUUCAUGUUUUUUUUCUAAAGAUAACUAAAAAUGUAAUUAGAAAAUGCACAUAUUCAACAGUUUGCACUGUUUAGUAAGACUAACAGUUAAUUAAUUUGUUCAUUUGUUUUCCACACUCUGGUUUUGUGUUAACUCACCCACUGUUUCACCGGUGAGCUCUCAUUCACCAACACCAUGCUGUUACAAAAAUUUUAUUUGUUAUCAUUACAAAACAAGACCAAAGCUAAUUUGCAAUGGUUGUGUGCUUAUCUUCUUAUGUUCAGUGGAAAUAAAAUCAUUAUUGAUGACUGAC